AUGGCCUCGGCGGUGGGCGCGGCCUUCGAGGAGCUGCCGCACGACGGCACGUGUGACGAGUGCGAGCCCGACGAGGCCCCGGGCGCCGAGGAGGUUUGCCGAGAGUGCGGCUUCUGCUACUGCCCGCGCCACGCCGAGGUGCACCGGCAGAAGUUCCUCAGUCACCACCUGGCCGCGUACAUCCAUGGCGCUGGCGUGUGGACCUCGGGGGCCAAGACAGAGGGCGAGGGCCCAGCCCGGGUGGAAGCCAAGGGGGAAACCGAGACGGAGGUAGAGGGCGAAGGCGCCGGGGAGGAGAGCGAGUCCGAGGAGGAGAGCGGAUCGGAGGAGAGCGAGACGGAGGAAGAGAGCGAGGACGAGAGUGAGGAGGAGAGCGACGAAGACAGCGAGGAAGAAGAGAUGGAGGACGAGCAAGAAAGCGAGGCCGAGGAAGACAACCAGGAGGGAGAAUCCGAGGCCGAGGGGGAAACCGAGGCGGAGAGUGAGUUCGACCCGGAGAUAGAGAUGGAAGCCGAGAGAGUGGCCAAGAGAAAGUGUCCGGACCAUGGGCUGGACUUGAGCACCUACUGCCAGGAGGACAGGCGGCUCAUCUGUGUGCUGUGCCCGGUCAUCGGGGCUCACCAGGGCCACCAGCUCGCCACCCUAGACGAAGCCUUCGAAGAGCUGAGAAGCAGAGACUCAGGCGGACUGAAGGCAGCUAUGAUAGAGCUGGUGGAAAGAUUAAAAUUCAAGAGCUCAGACCCGAAAGUAACUCGGGACCAGAUGAAGAUGUUCAUCCAGCAGGAAUUUAAGAAAGUUCAGAAAGUGAUUGCUGAUGAGGAGCAGAAGGCCCUUCAUCUAGUGGACAUCCAGGAAGCAAUGGCCACAGCUCAUGUGACCGAGAUUUUGGCAGACAUCCAAUCCCACAUGGAUAGGCUGAUGACUCAGAUGGCCCAAGCCAAGGAGCAACUUGAUACCUCUAAUGAAUCAGCUGAGCCAAAGGCAGAGGGUGACGAAGAAGGACCCAGGUAA